AUGGAAGAUAUUAGAACGGCUGCAGGUUUAGUUCAUCCCGGUUGUUUUAUGGGAACGUUAGAUUUACAAGAUGCUUAUUACCUCGUACCGGUUCAUGUCAGCAGUCGAAAAUAUUUAAGGUUCAAGUUUCUAGGUCGUGUAUAUCAAUUUACAUGUUUACCUUUUGGUUUAAAUCUAAGCCCGUUUAUUUUUACAAAAUUGUUGAAGCCGGUUGCUAGCACGUUAAGAUCCAGAGGGUUUAAGUCGGUAAUAUAUUUAGACGAUUUUUUAUGUAUCGGCGGAGAUUACGAGUCUUGUGAGAAAAACAUUAUUGAAACAUGUAAGAUGCUAGAAUCAUUAGGUUUCUUGAUAAAUGAACGUAAAAGUUGUUGGACUCCGGCAUUGAGGUGUAAAUUCUUGGGAAUGAUUAUUGAUUCAGUGCAAUACACACUCGAAUUACCAUUAAAUAAAAAAGAGAGUUUAAUCGAUCUACUUAAGCGGAGAUUAACAGAAAAAAGAUGUACAAUUAAAGAAUGUGCAGAGUUAAUAGGUAAAUUAAUAGCGGCCUGUCCAGCGGUUGAAUAUGGUUUUCUGUAUACGAAACGAAUUGAAAGAGAAAAGAUUUUGGCAUUAGCGAAACAUAGUGGAGAUUAUAAUAAAGGUAUGAGUUUAUCUGUUUCUGCUCGACGUGAUUUAAGAUGGUGGCUAAACAGUUUACCAGAUGCAAGAAAUAGUUUCAAAUCAGCGGAGUAUACAGCAGUAAUAUACUCUGACGCUUCGGGGACAGGUUGGGGAGCCACGGACGGUUUAGUAGAAGCGCACGGUCAUUGGAAUAGUUUUCAGAAAGUUUUACAUAUUAAUUAUAGAGAGCUGCUAGCGGUAAAAUUAGCAUUAGAGACAUUGGCGAGUAGUUUAUAUAAUUGUCAAAUACUACUUAGGGUGGACAACACUACUGCGAUUGCGUAUAUUAAUAGAAUGGGGGGUGUACGAUAUUCUCUGUAUAACAAAUUGGCGAGAGAAAUAUGGCAAUGGGCGGAAAAAAGAAGAAUUUUCCUCUUUGCAUCUUAUAUCCCCUCAAUUGAGAAUACUCAGGCAGACAGACUAUCAAGAUUAAACGAUGAUAUAGAAUGGGAACUUAACCCCGAAAUAUUUGGUAUUAUUAAAGAACAGCUGGGCUGUCCUGAGGUUGAUUUGUUUGCUAAUGGAGAAAACAGGAAGUGCGAAAAAUUCAUAUCUUGGAGACCGGAUCCAGAGGCCAUUCAGAUUGAUGCUUUUACAGUUAGCUGGUCGAAGUUAAAAUUCUAUGCCUUUCCACCGUUUAGUUUAAUUUUAAAAACCUUAGUUAAGGUUAAGCGGGAUAAAGCAACGGGAAUCAUGGUAGUCCCAAGAUGGCUAGGACAACCUUGGUACCCUCUAUUUAGAGAGUUACUUUUAAAAGAGCCUCUAAUCUUCGAACCAGACAAUAAUUUAUUGAUGUCACCCUGUAGGACAAAGAUACAUCCUCAAGUGGAUCACUUGUACUUGAUGGCCGGCUUAAUAUCAGGGAAGCGUUUCUAA